AUGGAAGACAAGGAGUUUGAAACCGAUCAUAUUGAAAAUAGAAACGAUGAGAAUCAGGGAGAUCCGUCUUUGAACGAUCAACAACGGAUUGAUACGUGGCCCACAGAAUCGACUAUUGAUACUCCGGUAGACGUCACUACAAGACAGGGUUCUUCACCAUUAUCUUCAAAGGAAGCCUCUCAGUUAGAAAGAUUAGGAGAAGUACUAUCACAACAUACCACUAGAGAUAGUUAUGAAGAUGAAGAUAUAGAUUUGCAAUCGUCGAUUAUUACAGAAGCAUUUGAUAUAAAGAAAGAGUUUGAAACAUAUGCGGAUAAUGCAGAUAAACAGGGUCUACAUUUAAGGAAAUCAGGUGUGACGUUUGAAGAUAUUGGUUGUAAAGGACAUGAUAGUACAAGUUUAGAAGGAUCCACUGUAUCUGAUAUUUUCUUAUUACCUUACACUAUAUACAAAAAAGUUAGAGCAGUACGGCAAAAGAAGAUGAGAACCAUUUUAAAAGGAGUUAAUGGAUUAGCAAGACCUGGUGAAAUGGUUUUGGUAUUAGGGAGACCGGGUGCAGGUUGCUCUUCUUUAUUGAAAUUGUUAGCGGGGAUUAAAAAUCAAUUCGCAGGUGGUUAUUCAGGUGAUAUCUCAUAUGACGGUAUACCACAAGAUGAAAUGAUGGAUCAUUUCAGAUCAGAUAUUAUAUAUAAUGGUGAAGAGGACGUACAUUUCCCUUAUUUAACAGUACAGCAAACCAUUGAUUUUGCCAUUGCUUGUAAAACUCCAGCUAAGAGGAUAGAUGGUUUAACUAAAUCGCAGUACGUAACAAGAUUAAGAGAUCUUUACGCUACAAUAUUUGGAUUAACUCAUACAUAUCAUACAAGAGUCGGAAAUGAUUUCGUAAGAGGUAUAUCCGGUGGUGAAAGGAAAAGAGUCUCCAUUAUUGAGGCUCUUGCCACAAAUGGUUCAAUAUUUUGUUGGGAUAAUGCAACUAGGGGACUUGACGCAUCUACUGCACUAGAGUAUGCUAAAGCAAUAAGGAUAAUGACUAAUAUGUUGGGUUCCACGGCAUUCGUUACGAUAUAUCAAGCAUCGGAAAAUAUAUAUGAUAGAUUUGAUAAAGUUAUUAUCUUACAUUCAGGUAAACAAAUAUAUUUCGGUAGUACUGUGGCUGCAAAGGAUUACUUCGAAGAAAUGGGCUUUUUAUGUCCAUCAAGACAAUCUACUGCGGAAUAUUUGACAGGGAUAACUGACCCAAAUGGAUAUCAUAUCAUUAAACCAGGUUUUGAACAUUUAGUGCCUCGUACUGCACAGGAAUUUGAACAACGUUGGAUUCAUUCGCAAACAUAUACGGAUUUAAGAAAAGAAAUAGAAAAUUAUAAAACGACUGUCAAUACAGAAGAUACAAGAGAAUUAUAUCGGCAGUCAAUAGAACAAGAUAAAUCCAAAUAUUCAAGAAACAAGUCUGCAUAUAUUAUUUCAUUCCCAGAACAAGUUAAACUAUGUACAAGACGUGCAUUCCAAAGGAUAUAUGGUAACAAAACAGCCACCGUCAUUAAUAUAAUAGCUGCAGUGGUGCAAUCAUUUGUAUCUGGUUCGUUAUUUUAUUCUUCCCCGACUUCAACAUCCGGUGCUUUCUCUAGAGGUGGUGUUCUAUAUUUUUGUUUGUUAUAUUAUUCUUUAAUGAGUUUAGCAAACAUGGAUCUAUCACAUAGACCAAUCAUGAUGAAACACAAAUACUAUACGUUAUAUCAUCCAGCUGCAGAAGCAUUAGCAGAUGCAAUUUCGGGUUUCCCAUUUAGAAUGAUAGGUAUGACUUUAUUUUUAAUUAUCAUUUAUUUCUUAUCUGGUUUAAAUCGUACGGCUAGUUCAUUUUUCAUUGUUUAUUUGUUUUUGACAAUGUGUUCAGAAAGUAUUAAUGGGAUGUUUCAAAUGGUAGCUGCAGGCUGUGAUACCUUAGCUCAAGCACAUUCUAUUGCAGGUAUUUUGAUGAUGUCCAUUUCGAUGUAUUCUACAUAUAUGAUUCAACUACCUUCAAUGCAUCCAUGGUUUAAAUGGAUAUCAUAUAUUAUUCCAAUUAGAUAUGCAUUUGAGUCUAUGCUAAACGCAGAAUUCCAUGGCAGACAUAUGGACUGUGGUGGAACUUUAAUUCCAAUGGGUCCAACAUACCAGAAUGUAAGCGAUAAUAAUAGAGCUUGUGCUUUUGUCGGUGCGGUCCCUGGUCAAUCAUGGGUCCUUGGAGAUGAUUAUCUAAGGGACCAAUUUCAAUAUGAAUACGAGGAUACAUGGAGAAAUUUCGGUAUAAUGUGGUGUUUUUUAAUUGGUUAUAACAUCUUAAGAGCUAUUGUAACAGAAUUCAAAACUCCUGUGAAAGGAACAGGUGACGCAUUGAUAUUUAAAAAAGGUACGAAACAUCUUGCUCAACAUAAAGAUGAAGAAUCGUUAGAUGGAACGAUAGAUGCUAAAGAAACAUAUAUUAGUGAACCUAACUCUAAUGACAGUGAUAAUAGCUUUGAUCAUUUUGAUUCAGAAGGUACUUUUAUUUGGAGAAACAUGUGUUACUCAGUUCCUUAUAAUGGUAGUAAACGUCUAUUAUUAAAUAAUGUAUCUGGUUUUUGCAUACCUGGUACACUGACUGCAUUAGUUGGUGAAUCUGGUGCAGGCAAAACAACAUUGUUAAAUACCCUUGCACAGAGAAAUGUAGGUGAAAUAACUGGUGAUAUGUUAUUGAAUGGUCUACCAAUCGAUGCCAGUUUUGAAAGGCGUACUGGUUACGUUCAACAACAAGAUGUACACAUUGCCGAGUUAACUGUGAGAGAAUCGUUGAUAUUUUCUGCUCGUAUGCGUCGUGCAGAGACAAUAUCGGAUGAAGAAAAAUGUGCCUAUGUGGAGAAGAUUAUCAAUAUUUUAGAUAUGAAAGAUUAUGCUGACGUCUUAGUCGGAACAGUUGGCAGUGGGUUGAAUGUUGAACAAAGAAAAAAAUUAUCCAUAGGUGUCGAACUAGUUGCAAAACCAGAUGUACUGCUAUUUUUGGAUGAGCCAACUUCAGGGUUAGACUCCCAGUCUGCCUGGAGUAUCAUACAACUAUUAAAAAAAUUAGAGCACGCAGGACAAACAAUUUUGUGUACUAUCCAUCAACCAUCAGCAACACUAUUCGAACAAUUUGAUAGAUUACUAUUGUUACAAAGAGGUGGUCAGACAGUUUAUUUUGGUGAUAUUGGUAAAAAUUCAGAAGUGCUAUUAAAGUACUUUGAAAAAAAUGGGGCAAGAACAUGCACUUCGGAUGAGAAUCCAGCUGAAUAUAUCCUAGAAAUGGUUGGGGCUGGGGCUACAGAAGUUGCUGAGCAAGAUUGGCAUCAAAUAUGGUUAAACUCCGCUGAACAUACUGAAGCUCAAGAUUCAAUUGAUCAAAUGAUAACAGAUUUAACAGCCCAACACACUCAUACAGAAAAUGGUGUUAAACCCACAAAAUAUGCGACUUCUUACAUGUAUCAAUUCAAGUAUGUCUAUCUACGGACAGCUCUAACCUUUUGGAGAAGUACAAGUUAUAUCGUAUCUAAGUUAAUGUUAAUGACAGUGGCUGGUUUAUAUAUUGGUUUUACCUUUUUCGAUCCUGGGAAUUCUCGUAUAGGUAUGCAAAAUACCAUGUUUGCUGUUUUAAUGUCAAUUAUUUUAUCUGCACCUCUGAUGAAUCAAAUGCAAGUGAGAGCAAUCGCAUCGAGGGACUUGUUUGAGGUUCGUGAAUCCAAAUCUAAUAUGUUCCAUUGGUCCUUGAUUAUGGCUACAGAAUAUCUUAGCGAAAUUCCCUAUCAAUUUUUGUUUUCAACUAUUUUCUUCGUUUCUUCCUAUUUUCCACUAAGAAGUAAUUUUGAAGCAUCUAGAUCUGCAGUGUAUUACUUACAUUAUUCUGUAAUGUUCCAACUUUAUUUUACGAGUUUAGGACUAUUGAUUUUGUAUAUGUCUCCCAACUUACCAUCUGCAAAUAUUAUUAUGGGUUUAUGUCUGGCAUUUUUAAUAGCAUUUUCGGGCGUUGUUCAACCAAUGCGUUUGAUGCCUGGAUUUUGGACCUUUAUGUGGAAAACUUCACCAUAUACAUAUUAUAUCCAAAGUUUAGUUGGUAUUAUGUUGCAUGGUAAACCAGUUAUUUGUUCUAUGAAAGAACUUACAUAUUUUGAUCCACCUGAAGGGCAAACAUGUGGAGAGUACAUGAAAAUAUUCUUUGAAACAGGUACAGGAUAUCUUACUGACCCUGACGCUACCACCAAUUGUGGUUAUUGUCAAUAUUCUGUUGGUGACGAAUACCUUUCUUAUAUUAGUGCGCCAUAUUCAAAUCUAUGGAGAAAUUUUGGCCUCUAUUUUGCGUACAUCAUAUUUAACAUGUUUGCUAUGGUCGGUGCUUAUUAUAUAUUCCAUGUCAGACAGUUUGUUGUGUUGAAUCACGAGAAUAUGGGAAGGUUACUUCGUAAACUACAUAUCAAACGUAAAUUAUAG